GAUUAAGCUAACGGAAGAAAGUUCAAAAAUCUGCACUAUGAGUACGCCAUACGGGCGCUAUCGCUUCCUGCGAAUGCCCUUUGGAAUAUCGUCAGCCCCAGAAAUUUUUCAAGCUGCAAUGCAUCGCUUGUUAGACGGUCUACCCAGUGUCGCAGUUGUAAUGGAUGAUAUACUAGUCUGGGGCAAGACAAAGGAUGAGCAUGACUGCAACCUGACACUCGUACUGACGCGCUGCCGUGAGCACAAUCUGCGACUCAACCUCAAAAAAUGCACCUUCCUGCAGGCGGAGGUUCGCUACUUGGGACACAUCCUCACUACGCAAGGCCUGCGCAUCGACCCGGAGCGUGUUCAGGACAUUCUGGAAAUACCCGAGCCUAAGACCAAGACGGCGUGGCCGGAGCACAAGCAUGGUGUCCCAGAGCCGGGAAGGCCAUACUGGACCUACAGGGAAGAAGUUCACGCACAAGAUGGGCUAGUCUUCCGAAGCAACAAGAGGCUCAUGGGGCGGCAGACCCGGACCCUCCUGCCGGUACCAACAAUUCACCUGGAGCCAGAGGCCAUACCCAGCAAGGAGGUCCACGACCGUCUCCAGACGAUCCGGCGCCGGCAAAAGAUCCACUACGACCGCAGCGCCAGGAACCUUUCCCCGCUGACUCCGGGACAACGCGUAACGACGUACGACACUCUCCAGAGAACCUGGGCUCCAGCUAUUGUUCUAAGGCCAGCCGCAACGCCAAGAUCUACGAUUGUGAAGACCGAAGACGGCCAUGAAAUCCGUCGCACAAGAGAACACCUGCGGGAGGCAGCACCUCAACCGGAGCCAGAAUCAACCUCGCAGGGGCCUUCAGAAGACGACCUCCAGCCUGGACAACAGCAGUUACGCAGGAGCACAAGAUUGCGUCGGGAACCCUGUCGAUACCCGUUGCGAGAUGAAACUUCUAGACCUUAUCAUCAUUAAAGGGGAGAUGUGGCCAUAUCACACUGUCAUUCUGAUAGCGCCCAGACUGUUAACAUGUGACGCCUACGUCACCCCUUUCCAAGUGUACUUAUAUCGCUCCCUCCCAUGAAUAAAGGCUUUUCG